AUGAAUUUCGCGGGCCGCCGGUACCUGAUCUUUGGCAGCCGCGGAGCCGGGGCUUACCUCGCGCGGCGGCUCGUAGGCAGUGGCGCACAGGUUCAGGUGUGCUCUCGACGCGAGGAAUCGCUGACGCAUCUCAGAAACUGGCUGAACUCUCCGGCGCUGUCGACAUGGGCGUGCGACGUCAUGCAGCCCGGCCAGGUCUUCCAGGCCGUUCACCAAGCAAACGCGAAGCUAGGAGGCCCGCUCAACGGCGUCGUCUAUGCAGUUGGCUCUAUCCCGCUCAAGGCGUUCGAAAAAGUCACCCGGUACGAGAUGACCGACCACUUUACAUUGAACGCCGUUGGAGCUUUCGAAGCGGUUCAGGCUGCGUCAUCCGACUUGCGCCAAACGAACGGCGCCGCCGUCCUGUUUUCCACUUUCGCGACUCGCAGAGGAUACACGCACCACGCCAUCAUAGCGCCCGCGAAAGCCGCCGUGGAAGCGCUGACGUACGAAAUGGCGGCUGAGCUCGCUCCGAAGGUUCGCGUGAACUGCAUAGCGCCGAGCCUUGCAAACACGUCUUUGGCCGCAAAUUUAAUCACGAGGGGCUCACACAAGGUGACUUACGCCAGCAAACACCCUUUGAAUCGGAUCGGAGAGCCUGACGACUUGGCCGCAGCGGCGGCUUUUCUCCUGAGUGAUGACGCGUCCUGGAUCACCGGCCAGGUAACGUAG